AAAAAGAAAAUUUGGAAAUUUCUCUGAAUACGUUCAACAUGGAGACAAUAUUUAUUCAUAUUCUGGAAGAGCUACUGAGCACAUCUCCAGGUAAAUACAACUUAAAAUAUUUAUUUCAAUUCUGUCGAUAAAAGUGCGUAAAAAUUGUAUUUCCAAAAUCUGUAAGUCUUGGUAAAUAUAUCGAAAAAAACAGAUUCCCCUAAAUUUGCUUAGAAAAUGAAUUCCGGCUUAAAAGUAGUCCGAAAUUGUCAUACGACCAAAGAUUUGGAAGAUGGCGAAAUAAUGGAGCGGAGUGGCAAUGAGUCCUUCUUAAAGGAGUUCAAUGAUGGCUACGAUGAGGAGCUCAUGGGCGAUGCAGAUGAUCGGGCGCGGUUGCUGCACCUCAACGAAUUGGAGCGCGAGCAGGAGCUGUAUCAGCGCUCCUUGCGCCGCGAGGACCUCCGACGAAAGUUUGACAUCCAAUGGCAGCUCGAAAAGGACCGCGUCGCCCAGGCCCCUGUGGAGAAUUCGGAAAUCAAGGAGCGAUCACAGACGAGACGGCAGAACUUGGACCAUCAGCGAGCGGGCAACAAGCGGGCGAAUGCAUUCGAGCGAUUGAUUUCAGCGCGGAACAACAAGCUGGGCAAGGACGAGGGCUCUGAGAAGGGAGCAGUGAAGGCGGGGGCCAGAGAGGACUCGCAGUCCAAGCAAAUGAAAAAGGUUAAAUUGAAAGCCGCAGACAUCUACUCGGACGAUUCAUCCAGCAGCGGCAGCAGCAGCAGCAGUAGCAGUGAGGAGAGUACCCCAGUUCAGCCGGCAGCCAAGGACCUGACCCAAGUGACCACCGCGGAGCAGUUGAGUCGAGCCAUCUUAACUCGGAACCAGCUGGAGAGCUUCCUGGAUAGGCCCAACUUUGAGCAGACCGUUGUGGGUUGCUUUGUGCGCGUCAAUGUGAGUGUCCACGCGGACUGCAGCAAUCGCAUAUACCAGAUUCUGGGUCUGCGGGAAGGGAAUGAGGAGUACGCACUGGGCAGGAAACGGACUAAACAAGUCCUGCGCUUGAGAUUCGGCGCCCAGGAGCAGUACUCCCUGAUGGACGUGGUCUCCAACCAGAGUAUUACCAAACACGAGUUCUCUCUGUGGGUGGCAGUAUGUCAGAGGGACAUGCAGUCCUUGCCCCUUCUCGCCGACAUUAACCAGAAGAAGUUGGACGUGGAACGGGCAUACGAGUACUCCUUCACCGAGGGUGACGUGGAACAGCUCAUCCAAACCAAGGUGAAGUCGGGGCAAAAGCUGAUGAGGGCCGCUUGCAGAAAGAUCCAUCUGUUAAUGGAGCGGGAUAGGGCAAUUGAAUUGAACGACGUGGCCCAAAUCCAACUCUUAGAGCAGCAGAUUCAGGAGAUCGACGACAAACCAAGGAAGCAUGGUGAAAGUUCUCAAGAGCAGCGGACCCAGGUUAUCACUUCGCCCUGUGCCCCUGCACCCACCAAACACCUGCACGAGCCCAUGUCGACGUCAUUCUCCAAAAGGUCAUUUACGGAUCGGGCACCCAACUCGGAGGAGUUCGAACUGGAACAGUAUAUGCGACGGAAGUACAAGAAGAGUGCUGUGGUGAGCCGCUCUCGAGUGGAGGCGGAGGAUUGGGAAGAGGUUGCUCCGCCCACUGAGGCGCCUUCAACUGAUCCCGUCAGGGAGGCGGAGACAGCCCCAGAACUCGAUCUUUACGAGUUGCACAAUUUUCAAGGGUCAAUUGACACAACAGCAAUGGCUCCUUUGAAUUCAAUCUUCAAGGAUGUCAAGUUUGGUAGCGUUUAAGUGGAUAAUGACAUUAAUAAAAGUACUUACAAAACAGAUUAGUGCUUAAAGAAUUUGUAUAGAUACAUAAAUAAGAUAGAUAAAGAAAAACAAUAACUCAACCAUUA